AUGGCAAUCACGAAAGUACUCCUUACCGGCGCUUCUGGUUACAUUGGAGGUGCUGUAUUAGCUCAGAUACUCAAGUCCAACCAUGAUGAUGUUAGGAUUUCAGCACUGGUCAGAUCCUCUGAGCAUGCAGAUAUCAUCCGAAAUCUCGGUGUAGAGUCAAUACUGUUCAAAGGCCUCGAUCAGCUCGACCUGAUCAAAGCUUCAGCCAGUGAACACGACCUCGUUAUCAGUUGUGCAUCUGCGAUGGAUCUUCCUUCUUGUCUCGCUUUGGUAGAAGGUUUGGCUCAACGCAGAGCCAGCACCGGAACUGAUGUUCAUUACAUCCAUACAUCUGGGACCUUAAACUUCGGAGAUCAUCCAAUCACUGGCAAAUCAUUCCUCGGCAUACGAACCGACAAAGACGACAUUUUCAGCUGGGAAAAAGAGACUCAGGAUGACUGGCUGCUGAGAAAAGUCGAUAUCGGUAUCACAGAAGCAGGAUUGAGAUUCGGUGUAAAGACUUACAUUGUGAAUCCACCAAUUAUAUAUGGAAUUGGUAAUGGGCCGAUUCAUAAGCAAUCGUUGCAGAUACCUGCGCUGAUAAAUUUGUCGCUUGGGUUUAAGCAAGCGGUAGUCCUUGGUGAUGGACACGGUAUAUGGACUAUUAUUCAUAUCUCAGAUGCUGCGAGGCUGUACGACGUGAUUCUCCAGAAGUUUCUCCAGAAGCAACCCAUCGACUCAGGUAGAAAAGGAUAUUACUUUGUAGAAGCUGGAGAAACGACGUGGAAAAUCAUCUCACAAGCAAUAGCUCGUGCUGGACAUUCGCAGGGUCUUUUCGCUUCGGCGGAGCUGAAGCAGUUGUCUCCCGAGACUUUUGUCGAGAGCUUGGGUAUUCCGUUUCUCAAUGCUGGAAUGGUUGAAGUGAUUUGGGGGUCUAAUUCACGCAUUAAAGGGAUCAAGAGCAGGGAGCUGGGUUGGAGACCUGAGGUACCUAUUGGAAUAUUUGCAGAUUCAAUUGUGGAGGAUUUCAAUAUCAUCUCUCAAAAUGUAUCAGCGUAG